UCUCUAUAUAUAUAACUCCUUCCUCCUUUCUCAAUCCUCUGUGUAUCUCUCUCUAUCUACCUUCUUCUCUGAACUUAAAAGAGCCAACGAAACAAGAUUCAGAGGACAGUGAACAAAGGAGACAGUAAUCAAUCCUAACUCGUUCAUUUCUUGAUUUCUUCUUUUUCCUUAUUCCGGCUAUGAGGAUUGUACGUGCGACAGAGACGUUCUCGGCUGAGCUUAAGGACUUCAUGUGCGCCGCUGUGCAAAGGAGGAGAGACGACGACGGGUUCGGAGGCUGUGGUGGCGGUGGCAAAUCAAGAAAUGCGAUGGAUCUGGAUUCUGACGCCGGGAACAGAUUGGUUUGUGUUACCGGUGGUGUCUCUUACCUUGGUCGUGCCAUUGUUAAACGGCUCCUUGUUCAUGGAUACUCCGUACGGAUCGUCGUUGAUUGUCCUGAGGAUAAAGAGAAAGUGAGUGAGAUGGAAGCUGAUGCUGAAACGGCGUCGUUUGGUAACAGGAUUACGUCAGUAGUGUCAAGAUUAACAGAGAUGGAGAGUUUGAUCAAAGCGUUCGAUGGUUGUGCUGGCGUUUUCCACACCACUGCUUUCAUCGAUCCGGCCGGAAUCUCUGGAUAUUCGAAAUCGAUGGCGGAAUUAGAAGCAAAAGUGAGCGAGAGUGUAAUCGAAGCGUGCACGAGAACAGCUUCAGUGAGAAAAUGUGUCUUCACAUCAUCUCUCUUAGCAUGUGCUUUGCAGAACAGUUCCUUUAACAAUCUUAAUCACUCUGUUAUCAACGAGGAGAGCUGGAGCGAUGAACAACUCUGUGUCGAUAAUAAGCUUUGGUAUGCACUUGGAAAACUGAAAGCUGAGAAAGCCGCGUGGAGAAUCGCAGAUUCAAAAGGAUUAAAGCUUGCAACUAUAUGUCCUGCUCUUGUAACUGGUCCUGACUUCUUCAACCGUAACUCCACUUCAACCUUGGCUUAUCUCAAAGGAGCAAAAGAGAUGUACAGCCACGGAUUAUUAGCGACAAUGGAUGUGAAUAGGCUGGCUAAAGCUCACGUAUGUCUGUGGGAAGGUUUGGGUAACAAAACCGCGUUUGGUAGAUACAUUUGCUUCGACAACAUUCUCUCUAGAGAUGGUGCUGAGAAACUUGCUAAAGAUAUUGGUGUCCAAAUCGAAAAGAUUUGCGAUAGCAGCAGCGAUUCAGACGCAGAGGAAGAAGCCUCUCCUUCUGAUUUACAAAUAUCAGAUAAAAAGCUACUAGAUCUUAUGUCAAGAACUCUACGAAGUUGCUAUCACGAGAGUUAGGUAGAUACGACAAAAUAAAACUAAAUAAAAAUCUAAACGGAGUAGUUCUAAGCUAUGGUUGUGAUGUAUGCUCUUAUUCUUUACUUCUUUUUUUAAUAUUAUCUUUUACAAGUUUCAUUUA